UUUAUGCUACAAAUCUCUGUAUAAAACCCACACCAUCCACCUUAAACCCUAAAUUUUCCAUCAAAUCUUCUCGGGAAAUGAGCCACAGAAAGACAGAGAUUCUGAUUUCAGCUCGAGCGCUGCCACUUUCGUCAAGGAUUCAUGUAUUGUUAAUUGGCUCAUUGGAUUCCUGUGGAUCGGAGCAGCUGGAGCUGAGCUCUUUUCAUAUAAUAUGCAGAUAAUAAGAAAUGGGAACAAAUUGACUGUUACUUUGCUAUCAAGAUAUUGCACUCUUCUUUUUCAAGGAAACCCUUAAAAGAUUUGAGAAAAUGGCUGGGUGCAAUAAACGGCAUAAGAAUGAUCAGCCUUCGAUCAAAUACAGGUGGUACCCAGUAGGUCCAGCAUCCUCUGGGCUUGCUGAUUUUGUUCACGAAAAAUAUCCCCCCUUCAUUUCUGGUAAAAUUAAUAAGCAACGCUGUAGAAAACCGGAGCCCAAGUCUCCUGCGAUAUUGAGCAAUGCUAUGCUCAUCUCGGCAGUUGGCCAGAUAUGGGAUUGUGCAAGUCGUCCUCUUGGAUUUUUUCAACCCAAGGCAAACUCAAACCACAAGGACAGUGGCUGUCAGAAGGAGGUUGUCUUGGCUGAUCUGGGUGGGGAGGGAAAUGACGUAGCGCCUAUUUCAGCCAAGAGUAAGUACUUAACUGUUGAUUUAAUGCAACCGAGUUUAGAUUUUCUGCAGGUAAGCGAAAAGAUGUCUGUGUUUGAACCUUACAGUAGAAGUUAUUGUCAUUCAUCAUUAUGGAGGUUUUUGCAUGGGGGUGGGAAUAUUUCUCAAGAAUCAUGGAGGGGAAAGGGGCUUGCAAGUUUAGAAGUCUCAUACCAAUUGGGAAGUAUAUAUGGAUGGAUGAGUGAUACAAUUUCUUCUGGAUUAAAAUGCCCAGUCAAAGUUACUGAGAUUGAGAACAGAACUGGUCAAUACUGCAUUCUGGAAGAUACAAAUAACAUUGCAGGGGGAUCAAUUUCAGGAGAUACAGUUAACAUUGCAGGGGGAUCCAUUUCAGGAGAUACAAGUAGUCCUGUCGAUAACUUGACCACAAAUGCUUACAACUUAUUGUUAUAUGACAAUGAAAAAUUGGAGACAAAUACAAGAACUUCUCUGACUUCAGAUUAUUUCCUGAGGGCUGUAGGUAGUGAGGUAGAUGGUAGUAUUUCAAGGACCCCAUGUUCUAAUCUAUACACAGAUUAUCAUAUAGACUCGUUAGCUUCCUGUAAAGAUCAGUUUGAAGAAUCUCCUCAUAAGAUAGAUGAUCAUGAACAACUUGGGAGCAAAAAGAAACAAUCUGAAAUCUUUAUCAUCCAGGAUGAGUGCAAGACAGAGAUCGGUGCAUUAGCAUGUGAAAAGCCUCAUUGUGCUCUUGCUAAGCAAGAACAUGCCUUUGCAGGUGCAUUGUCUGGAAUAUUUGUUAGCGUUUGUCUUCAUCCUGUUGAUACAAUUAAGACUGUUGUUCAGUCUUGUCGAGCUGAGCAGAAGUCUAUAUGCUACAUUGGAAAAUCAAUUGUGUCUGAUAGAGGUUUAACUGGACUUUAUCGUGGUAUUGCUACAAAUAUUGCAUCUUCAGCUCCAAUUUCUGCAGUUUAUACUUUUACAUAUGAAUCAGUUAAGGGAGCCUUGCUUCCUCUUUUUCCUAAGGAGUAUUACUCUUUUGCCCAUUGCGUGGCAGGCGGUUGUGCAAGCAUUGCUACUUCCUUUAUUUUUACCCCUAGUGAGCGUAUAAAGCAGCAGAUGCAAGUUGGUUCCCACUAUAACAACUGCUGGAAUGCAUCGCUGGGAAUCAUUCGGAAUGGAGGAUUGCCUUCAUUGUAUGCUGGGUGGGGAGCUGUACUCUGCAGGAAUGUUCCACACUCAAUUGUCAAGUUCUAUACAUAUGAAAGCUUGAAGCAAUUUAUGUUGUCCCCGAAUGAAGCUAGUGUUCAUCCCACCACAUUACAAACACUAGUUUGUGGUGGAUUAGCUGGAUCUACUGCUGCUUUAUUAACAACUCCUUUUGAUGUUGUCAAGACGAGAUUGCAGACACAGAUUCCAGGGUCUAUGAGCCAGUAUAAUAGUGUGAUUCAUGCCCUUCAGGAAAUAGGAAAGAAUGAAGGUCUGAAAGGCCUCUACAGGGGAUUGACUCCAAGAUUGGUUAUGUAUAUGUCUCAAGGAGCGCUUUUCUUUGCAUCAUAUGAAUUUUUCAAGAGCUUGUUCUCUUUGGAGACGCCACAAACUGAUGCUCCAAGAAUCCAAUACCAACCAAAGACGGAAGGCAAUCUCGUAUUGCCAUCAUCACUCCCGGCAACGUCUUCACCUGCAUCAUCCGAAUUGCGUGGUCUACAUUCAUGACCGUUUGAGAGAUACCAGAAUUCUCCGGCUUUGUUAUGAUACUGAUUGGAUUCAAAUUUUGUACGAGAUUAAAAUUGUAGAAGAGAAAAGAAUGUAUAGUCGGCAUAGCUGCAAUUGUGUGUAUCAUUAAUCUUCUUUAUUAUUGAAAUAUAAAUUUAGAAGCAGAAGGUUGUCUGUGCAAAAUAA